GCAAGCUUUUGAGUAUUCACUAUUUGUGGUGCAUGCCCCUCUUCACUUUUUGGUAAUCUUAUUAUUCAAGGGAUCAAAAGCAGGUUAAAUAUUGGGUCCACAGGAAUGGCAGAAAACCUACCUCCAGGGUUCAGGUUCCAUCCUACAGACGAAGAGCUCAUCACAUAUUAUUUAUUAAGGAAAGUGUCUGAUACCAGCUUCACUUCCAAAGCUGUAGCAGUUGUUGAUCUCAAUAAGUCUGAACCUUGGGACCUCCCAGGUAAGGCUUCCAUGGGCGAGAAGGAAUGGUAUUUCUACAGCUUGAAAGAUCGAAAGUAUCCAACUGGGCUUCGAACCAACCGAGCCACCGAAUCAGGCUAUUGGAAAACCACAGGAAAAGACAAAGAAAUUUUUGGUGCUGGAGUUUUGAUUGGAAUGAAAAAAACUUUAGUCUUUUACAUGGGCAGAGCGCCGAGGGGUGAGAAAAGUAACUGGGUUAUGCACGAAUAUAGGCUACAAAACAAGCAUCCAUUUAGAUCUUCAAAGGAUGAAUGGGUGGUUUGCAGGGUCUUUCAAAAGAGCUCAGCACCGAAAAAACCACAACACACAUCAUCCUCCCAACAAUCUCAAGAGUCCCCUUGUAAUACAACCUCAAUGGUCAAUGACUUUGGGGAUCUUGAGCUGCCAAAUCUAAAUAGUAUCACAAAUUCAUCAAAUGGCUUCACUAGCAUCUCAUCAGGACAAACUUACAAUGGUGUUGGUCCCAGUAAUGUUAACACAAAUAUGAACUUGACCAUGAAUUGGCCAGCUAUAAGUGAGGUUCCCUCUCUUCCAUCUCUCCCAUGGCCUUCUGGGUUGCUGAAUCCAAAUCUUUCUGUGAAUUCUUUGCUUCUCAAGGCAUUACAGCUUAGGAGCACUUAUCAACAAAGAGAAGCUGCAGCUACUGAUCAUUUAGCAACAUACAUUCCUCAAGGAUUUUCUUACCUUGGAACUGACUUGACCUCCAAUCUCAAUGCUUCUUCUUCAAAAGUUUUAGAAAGUAUGCCCCAGCAGCAGCAGCAGGAGGAGCAACCAUUCAAUAUGGACUCCAUUUGGUGA